CCUCUUCUUGUCACAAGUGUCCUCCGGGAAGCCUGUGCUGGAACCCUCAUCUAUCUAUCCCUUUUAGAUUCAAACGGUUUUUAAUUCUACACAGAACCAAAAUUCAGUUAACGAGAUGCUGAACACGCGGCUCUAACUUCACCUUCACACUUGUUCCUUUUUUCACCCCCUCUUUUCAAUCCCAAAUCAGAUUUCACUUUUCAUUAUCAGAUCAUAAUCCACACUUAUUAUUUCUUAAUCAUUUAAUUAUCUCGCUUAAUCUCGUUUUUCGAAUGCAUCGUUAGGUAUUACUAUUUGGUAUUGAAUGUGAAUGGUAGAUGGUAUGCGGCAGGUGUGUGAGUUCUAUUUUUGUUCGAGCUGGAAUUUUGAACAGGAGAUUGCGAUUCAGCUUCGUUGGGAAGGGUUUGUUGCCUAGAGUUGGUCCGGAAGUUGCUGUUUAUUUUCCAAAUCGUGUGUUUAAGAGGUAUCUAGGGAUGAUGGUUGAUACAGGUUCUAUGUCGACUAGGGCUGGUCCUUCUAUGGAUACGGCGUCGCAGAAAGAUGAUGAUUCCGCUCGGUCUGGUUUUGUUACUGGUGGAUGGAAGAGUGAAGAUGAAAGACUUGUCUGUGGGUAUUCAAGCUUUAGAGGGAAGAGAGUGACCAUGGAAGAUUUCUAUGAUGUUAAGACAUCAAUCAUUGACGGUCGUUCAGUGAGCUUAUUUGGAAUAUUUGAUGGUCAUGGUGGUUCUCGUGCUGCUGAGUAUUUGAAGGAUCAUCUAUUUGAAAAUCUCACGAAGCAUCCAAAGUUUUUGACGGAUACCAAAUUGGCUAUAAGUGAAACAUAUCAGCAAACCGAUGCUGAGUUUCUGGACUCUGUAAAAGAUAAUUUCCGGGAUGACGGUUCUACUGCUUCAACAGCUGUUUUGGUUGAUAACCAUCUUUAUGUUGCUAAUGUUGGAGAUUCUAGAACUGUAAUAUCAAAAGCUGGAAAAGCAAUUGCUCUCUCUGAGGAUCAUAAGCCUAAUAGAAGUGACGAGCGGAAGAGAAUUGAGAAUGCUGGGGGUGUUGUCAUGUGGGCAGGUACUUGGAGGGUUGGAGGGGUGCUGGCAAUGUCUCGUGCAUUUGGCAACCGUAUGCUGAAGCCAUUUGUUGUAGCAGAACCUGAGAUCCAGGAGCAGAAAAUAGAUGAAGAAACCGAGGUGCUUGUUCUUGCAAGUGAUGGACUCUGGGAUGUAGUACAGAAUGAUGAUGCUGUUUCUAUUGCCCGGGCGGAAGAGGCAGCCGAGGCAGCUGCUCGGAAGUUAACAGAAGCCGCAUUUAAUCGCGGUAGUGCAGAUAACAUUACUUGCAUUGUGGUACGAUUCAAUCAUGAAAAAAGACACCCAGCUAAUCCUGAUAAAGCUGAUCCAGCUAAUCCUGAAAAAAGCAGUCAGCAUGCAUGAUGAGUAGACAAGGAAAAACACUCAACAUGUGUGUGGUUUAUUGAGGGAAGGGAACACAGUGAAGUCUGCACAUGCUUUAUGGCUGACUUGUGCAUGUCAAACAACUGAUGAUUUGUUUAUUCAUCCGUUUUGUAAUGUAAGUUACUCUUGGAUCGUGGUCAUUGAUGGAUUUAUGCUCUUUUUAAAACUUAUUAUGGUGUUUGCUAUAAAUAAGUUUGCUGCUUGUAGAGGCUCCAGUUUGGUAUUUUUUGUUUUUAUCUAUAAUAAAUGCAACUUGCAUCUUUUUGUGUUAGGAGUUUCA